AUGGAGAGAAACAGUUUGAGUAGCGACUUGAAAGACCAUAGCAUUGGCAGUAGAGCGUGCAACAACAGUAACAACAACAAGAAGCUUAGAGAUUCAUUGAACUUUAGCAGCUGCCAAAGCUAUGGAGAAGAUUAUCUUGGUGGGCUUUCAUGGCCUCCAAGAUCGUACACGUGUAGCUUCUGCAGAAGGGAAUUUAAAUCUGCUCAAGCUCUUGGAGGUCACAUGAAUGUUCAUAGGAGAGACAGAGCCAGGUUGAGACUGUCACCUCCAAGGGAUGGUCAGUGUCCUAUUCUGAACCUUAACCUUAACCCUAACGCUAACCCUAACCCUAGUUUCUAUCCUCCAUUCACUCGCACAUUACCAUCCUUGGUUUCUCCUCCUCUUUCUGCACUAUCUACACCACCUUUAACUUAUGAAGUCAAGAAAUGGACCAUUGAUGGUACCCCUCUUGACCCUUCAAGCCCCGAACUUUCUGAUUUAACAACAAAGGGAACCAGAAAAUCCUUCUUCACUUCUGAAAACUUUGAUGAUUUCACACAACAAAAAGGAUUCAAGACCUUGAAGAAGGCGGACAUCGUGAGUAUAUAUGGGGAAAAGGUUAUGUCGUGGAAGGAAAAGCACUGUGCUUUUGUUUGGACAUCUGAAACCUCCAAGUCCAGCUAUAUGUACACGCUGAUGGAAAUUGACUUCCCUGACUUUUUGAGAA